UGAAGUCAGUGUAACUCCGAAACCCCACAGUACAUACGAUUAAUACAAUUCUGAUCGAUGUAAAGAGGAUGUGACUACUGGAGCGGAAGCCACGCCCACCGAGUAGAGAGGAGAAGUUGGUGGUGGACGGAACCAGCCCAGUUCUGAAGGCGACGGACCGGUGUCUGUCCUCCAUGGUGGGCCAUGUGUUUCCUCUCCAUCUUCCUCCUCCUCCUCUCUCCACUCAUCGGGGUGCUACACGUCCAGGCGGCGGGAGCUCCAGCUCCAGCUUUCAAAGUAUGUGCCUUCAACCUCCACCGCUUUGGAGAGUCCAAAUCCAAGAAGCAGGAUGUGAUGCUCACUCUUGCCAAGAUUAUCGUCCGCUGUAACGUGUCUCUGCUUCAGGAGGUGCAAGACAGUGGGCAGAAAGCUGUACCAGAGCUGAUGAAGACUAUAAACAGUUUUGACAGGCGGCAUGAGUACAGUGCCGUGUCCAGUGAGAGACUGGGCAGAGGCACCUACCAGGAGCAGUAUGUGUUUGUGUACAGGAGCGACACAGUGACCCUCACAGGCCAGUACCAGUACCACGAUAAGCGGCCAGGAGACGUCGAUGCUUUCGCCAGAGAGCCUUUUGUCGUGCGCUUCAAAGCACCCAAGACUGCGAUAAAGGAGUUUGUCCUCAUCCCUCUGCACACGUCCCCAGAGAACACCACCAAAGAGCUGGACUCUCUUUACGAUGUCUUGCAGUACGUGAGAAAGAUGUGGAAAACUGAGAACGUGAUGCUCCUUGGAGACUUCAACGCCGACUGCAGGUCCCUUCCGAAGAAGGACAGGGACAAAAUACGCCUGCUGACUGAAGACAACCUCCACUGGCUCAUAAAGGACAACAUGGACACCACAGUGAGGUCGUCCACCACCUGCGCCUACGACCGGAUCGUUGUGCAUGGAGACGCCUUUUCUAGAGCCAUUGUGCCCUUCUCUGCCAAACCAUUCGACUUUCAGAAAGAAUACAAACUCACAGAGGAUCAGGCGCUGGUCAUCAGUGACCACUUCCCAGUGGAGGUUCAGCUGAGAGACGCCGCCUCCAGACUUGCCUCCAGUCUCCUCCCCCUCAUCCUCCUCUCCUUGCUUCUCUGUAGCUGAAUGUAUAUGGGUUUGUCAAAGAAAACUAUAUAUGGCCAUUAAAAGGAGAGGGGAGUUGGGUCGUUGUGAAAAAAAUAUUCUUUCGUAUGACUUUUAAAAUAAAAUGCAAACAGCUCACACAAUUUGCAGU